AUGUACUCUAUGUUCCGCAAGAUAGCGAUUGACGAGGCUUUGAUCUCAACUUUUGUUGAGAGGUGGCACCCAGACACGAACACCUUCCACUUGCCUUUUGGUGAGAUGACGAUCCUCCUCCACGAUGUUCAGUACUUAAUGCAGAUUCCUGUUGAUGGACGGCUGAUGAGUAGGACUUUUGCGCAGCUUGACCAUCCGGAGGUGGGUUUGUUUGCGCUUCUUGGGAUGAACUCGGAGCAGUUGAGUAGUCGUUCGGAGGCCCCUGGAUUUGCUAAUAGGGGUAAGUGGUACGAGAAGGGUGGUUUUCUUGCGGAGAUGGCGUCCAGAUACUUGCAGGUGAACGGGACACAUGUGACAGAGGCGCAGUCGUACUUGUUGUUGAUGUUGGGGUCCACUUUGUUUGUGGACAAGAGUAGAGACAGGGUUCGGCCGGUGGUGAACCUAUUUUUGGACGAGUUGGAGGAGAUAGAUCAGUACAGUUGGGCAUCAGGUACACUUGCUUGGUUGUACAGAUGCCUUGGUCAGGCGUCUCGUGCUGGUGCCAGGGGGUGGCUGGUUGUCUCACACUUCUGCGAUGUUGGAUCUACGAGUACUUUCCGGGUUUCAGGUCAUCUCACUUUGAGCCACCUGUCGUUGGACCUGAUGAGGCUUGGGCUUCACGAUGGAUUGGGCAGCCGGAACCUGGUUGAAUGA